ACGUCGGGCACGGCCGGAAAUAAAGGCGGCGCAGUGCGCGCCCUAUGCGCUGUUCCACGUGACGCGGAAGUGGUGGGUGCGGAGCUCUCCCCGCCUCGGGAAGUGAGGUUGGCGGAGCCGCCUCCGCCGCGGAAAGGCGGCAGCUUCGGUGCAGCGCGGAGCAGAGGACGGGAUGAUGGAGGACGGCGAGGAGCAGGCUCCGCCGCACGCUCCGGAGCUGAAGCACAGGCGGAAGAGCCCCCGGUUCGCGGCCGAGGCCGAGCCCGACUCUGGUGGGGCGCCGGAGGGAGGCGAGCCGUCCUUCGGUAGCCCGGGCAGCCUCACCCGGCCCCCGAUCCGCGCCUGCAGGGCGGCAGGUGGUUCUUCAGCUUCCUUCCUUCCAGAGAGCCCAGCAAAGGAAAAAGUGAAUGAUUAUGAUGUAACUGAGCACAAGUAUUCAGCAGGGGAUCAGCCUAAUGUUUAUACACCGCUGAAAGAAAGUAAGGCUGACUUCUUUGAGAAAACUCAAGAGCACUAUUCUACAAAAUCACAGAGCAGAAGUAAAUUCCGAGAUCGGCCCAGCACAGGGAAGCAGUCACAGCACUUGGCCAAAAAGGAUGGAUCACAGAGUGGAUUUUGCAAGGGAUGGACUUUGUUAUUUGUUCUGUUAAUUAGUAUCUCAUUGUUUGCCUUCCUGUGGAUUAAAAUACAAAGCCUUCCAGAUGCAACUUUGUCAAGUAGAAAUACUCAAAUUCUACAAGCGUUUCGGGCCCGGAUGAAGAAACUCAGAAAUACAUACCAAAGUCAGGACCCCAAUCUGUGGAAGAGAACCCAUGUGUUCCUUGAGAAGCACCUGAAUACUUCCCACCUGCACCUAGAGCCAGCCAUCUUACUGUUCACAGCUGGUCGAGAAGCCGAGAAAGCACUGAGGUGUCUUAGUGAUGAGAUUGCCAAUGCUUUUGCAUUCUCCCAGAAUGCAACUACAAUCAAAAUUAACGGGGCAGACAAAGCCGUAUUGGACAGUGAUGUUGUUAAGCUGGAGGUGGAUGAUGAGCUCAGCUCAGGGUUCAGACAAGGCAAGAAGGUAGCAGUGGUGCAUCGUUUUGAGCUGCUGCCUGCAGGCUCCACCCUGAUCUUCUACAAGUACUGUGACCAUGAAAAUGCAGCAUUUAAGGAUGUGGCUCUUCUGCUGACAGUUCUCCUGGAUGAGCAGUCGCUGAGAAGAAGCCUCACCUUUCAAGAAGUUGAGGAGAAGGUGCGGGAUUUCCUUCGGACCAAGUUCACUAGUUCUGAUGAUCCUGGUUCUUCUAACAGCAUAGAUACAGAUAAGCUGAGUGGAUUGUGGAGCCGUAUCUCUCAUCUUGUCUUGCCUGUUUGGCCUGAAAAGAGCUUCUCUAUGGAGGGAUGCACAUAACAGGCUUUAGAGUGGCCUUUGGAAAGGAAGGAGACAGAAAAUGUGGUGUGAUGGCUAAACAGGGAAGAACUGUGGCUGUUGAGCUCAGACACACACAGUUUCUGUGCAAAGAAACUUCAUCAGGUGGCAGGGUUGCUAGAGUAGCUGGGACUGGGACUCUGAACAGAGCCUGCAGAAGGCAAGCAAGGAACUUGCUAGUUUUUGGUAAGUUGCCUUCAGUAACUUACUCAGGUUUGGUGUCUUGGAAUUAGAAGCGUGUGCCACUGCAGAGCCACUCAUCUGCUUGUGAAGUUGUCUUGUUGGCUUUGCUCUGAAGAGCCUUUUCUGCUGGCAGGUAAAGCUAGAAUCACGUUUGAUAAGGUAACGAGACAAACUAUCACCUUCAAUGGACAGAAUUUACCUUUCUUGUAAUACAUUAGCAAUGAUAAAGUGACAUGAAUCCAUAUAAUCAUAGCAUAGAUGUCAGCUAUCUCUGGAGACUUCUUGAAAUGACAGAAUUGCCUGAGAGAUUUGUGACUUGCAGAGAAUCUUUCAGCAAGCAUUUCUUCCUCAAAUUUCUUCCUACUCUGACCAGUUCGGAGAGUGAGAAAAGCUGAUGUACAAAGUAUUACCUUGAUGCUGGUAGUAAAUGUUAGUUAAAUGAUUCCUCAGCCCCUCUUUGCAUCACUGCUUCAGAAGUUCUGCAACUCUUUAAAUUUGGGGAGAAUUGAGGAAAAACGCCUACCAUGUGUGUACUAAAUGUUACAUCUCCUUUUCAAAUAAAACCUUAGCAAGACAUAAUUAUUUCUCACCUUAAGAAGAUAAUUAUUUUUGCAUUAAGAGAAUGUAUUUAUUUGUGGUACCUUGUAAACUAGAAAACAAAUCUUUUUUUCAUGUCUGUGUAUAACCUGGUGCUUGCUGCAUAAGCUUUUAGUGAAGAACAGAUUUGCAAGGCGUGUUUUUAAAAUACAUUUUUAAGAGUGCCUCCUGCCAAGAAUCCCUCAUACCAGACUAAAAACAUGUGUCUUUCUGUUGUAAAUUUUUUUU